GAACAUUCUGGUCACUGACGUGGUCGUUUUCCCUGUAUUCCUUUUUAUCGAUGAUCACUGUUAUUGCUCACGGAAACGAGGAACAUCUAGAAUAGCUAUCGCCAGUGUUUUAGGCAUGCGUGAAGCUGCUCGAUUGUGGUUUUCUGUGGAGAAAUUAAAACCCACUCAUCAAUUCAAAGGAAGAUGGGUUGGAACUAUCACGCCGAGGAAACAAGGAAAUGAUGACGGAGAAGCAGGAGAAGGGCAAAUUGGGAAGGGAAAUCAUGACCCCAUCAUUGCUUUUAGCAGGCCACCGCCAAUUCCACCAUUUAUGGGACCUCUGGUUGCUCUUUCACUGUUGCCAUCAUGGUUUAAAAGGGAUGGAAAUGAGGACUGAUGAUCAUGGCAGGUGACCUUAUAUUUUAGGCAUCUUGAGUAGUUUUCG